AUCAUUGAAUUUUCAAAACAUCAACCAAGGGUUCAAAUUUUUACCGCUAACAAAAUGAAUUACAAAUUCACGUGGGUAGCUACGGUUCUAAGCAUAUAUGUGUUUUACGCUUGGACUUUUGUAUGUCCGUUGAAUGCCCCUUCUUCAUUGUCCGUCAACGGAGAUCUCCCACCUGUUAGCUAUCAUUUUUGUACCGUAAGUAAUGGAUACCUUAAGCCAAUAUAUCAAGAGCAAGUGAUACCCUUGUAUCAAAGCAAGGUUGUUCCUGUGUUUAGCUCAGUGAAUGAACAGUUUGGUGUUGUGAGCAAAGUUACGACUGUGGUUAAAUUUGUGGAAACUGUUGAUGCCAAAUUUAACAUUAGCGGACUGAUUGGUCCAGUUGCUGAAAAGGCAGCUGUUUUGAUUAAGCAAUUUUUAGAAAAGUACAUCAUCCCUUAUGUGGAAAAACUGUCUGAGAUUUCUAAACAGAAGUUUGAUUUGUAUUACAAUAUCGUCAAGAAUUUUGUUGUUUUCACCUGGGAUCAACUUUUGGAAACUCUUCAAACAUCUGUACUUCCUUAUUUCACACCAUUAGUUCGUUCCUUCACCUCAUUAGAAGUGGUUCAAUGGGCAAUUGAUUGGUAUUAUAGAUUAUUUAACCAAGUGGUAAAUUCAAAACAUGCCGCAAAACUUCAAGAGAAAUCCUCCUUUUUGAAGAAUGAGUUCAACAAUUUGUUCAAGUUCGAAGAGUUUUACCCUAGAAUUCCCAAGACAAGAAAUGCCCUUCAAGUGGUUAAGGAUAUCUUGAGUAAUAUAGGUGGUACUAAUGCCAAUGAAGAAUCGGAUGAGUCCGAUGUUGAAACUGUUUAUCUCACAUCGACUGUCCGGGUGACUCAAAGCAACUCGGUGGCUACUGAAGAUCCGGUUAUUGCCCAACUUCAACUGGAAAUAUUGUAUUGGGAAAACAAAGUCAACAAGACUGUGGAAUUAGCCAUGAAUAACCUUGAAGUUGAGAUGAAGCCGCUUAUUGAUGCUCUCAUUGAAAAAAUUAAGCCAAAUAUUUCACAACAACUCCAAGAUUUACAAAGGGGACAUCAUUUACAAUAUCAAACAUUGAAUAAGAAGAUUAGUGAGAUUAACAGAGACUAUGAAAAGAUUAAGGAGACGAAUGAUACCACCAUUGAAACCAUCACUCGUCAAGAAAUCCGUGAUGAUAUUGCUGCAAGCUACAAAUUAGCCGAGGACACCAGUGAAUCUGUUCAAAAGAUCCUUAUUGACAGUCAUCAAUACAUCCUUGAAGAGUAUUUUAGAAUCACUCAACAAACUAUUGACGUAUUGGAAACAUUCAGCGAAACAACUAUGGCGCAAUUCCUGAAACGGUUAGGGAAAAUGAUCCAUGAUUUGGAACUUGAUGAUGAUCAAAUAAGUUGGGCUAUUUGGAAGAGGUUUCAUGUCGUCAAGGAGUCUUUGUUUGAAUUCAGGGAUUUUAUUCUUGAUUCGGCAAAUGAAUACAAAAACACCAAUAGUAAAGAUGAUAAAGUGAUUGGAAUGAAGGUGUGGAAUGAAUAUUUAAGAAAUGUUGAAUUCCAUUUGAAUUUCUUGUUGCGUGACAAUGCCGAUUAUUUGCAAUUGAUGAGAGCCAAGGCUAAUAUUGCCUUUCAAAUGAGAGAAGGGUUAGUGUAUGACUUGAAAAAGGAAGAAGCCCGUGAACAAGAAGAGCAGGAAAAGAAAGAGCAAGCUAGAAAGGAAACUUUAAAAAAAAUAGAAGAAAGAAUGGAGAAGGAGAAGCAAGAAAAAGAAAUUGCCAGAAAGGCAAAGGCUGAAAAAGAAAGGAUUAAAGUACAGCAAUUAGAGGAUGAACUCUGGGAAGAAAUAGUUGGCGAGAAGAAGAGGGCCGAAGCUCGUAUUUCUAGCGAAUUGACUGAAGAAACUGACAAUUCAGAAACUAAGCAACUUGAGUACUCCCAAGAGAAAUCUUCUAGGGAACAAUCAAGUGAGCAAGUAACCGUUCAAAGCACCCCUCAACAAACUGAACCAUUACAUACUGCAAUUGAAGAGUCGUUAUUUGUUGAAGAAAGUGAAUCUCCAGAUUCACCUGAAUUUCUGCUGUCUGAAAUUGAAAGUCGAGAAAUCACCACCAUAGAAACUUCGCUUGAAUCAAUAGAAGAUAUUGUUGAGAGCUCUAUUUCUCUACUAGAAUCAAGCACCGCUUCUGAAGUAUUAGAAUCCACUAUUGGUUCAGAAACUAGUUCUGCUGAAGAAUCAUCUGAAGUGAUAAUUGAAAAUACACCUUCAGAUGAUUCGUCCUUAAUUGAAUCCUCAUAUACUGGUUCUAUUUCAGAAGUUUCGGAAUCACCAAUUAGCUCUGAAAUUGAACUGUCGGAAUUAUCAGAGACAACUACCUCAGGGCUCCUAGUUAGCUCUGAAAUUAAAGUUUCGGAAUCAACAUUGGAAUCAGGACCAGAAACUUCAGAACUUUCUGUUUCUUCUUCAGCGGAUGACAAUGAAACAAAUACUUUGUCAGAACCCAAAUUGAAUGAAACAUUCAUAGAGCUGUUAAGUGAAAGUUGAGCUCCUCAAACUAGCAACCGAUCUACUUCCUUGGCAGAAGAACUAAAUAAUACCAUAAUGGUUAUCUAACUAAACAAGAUUUAGUUUUUUAUUAAUUGAUAAUAUAAAAUAAUGCCCAGAUAUUGUGGCUCAAAGAAAUUUUUAUAUAUACGAGUGUACUUUACAGGCGAGAUAGUGCCUUAAUAAACUAUAUAGAUAUGUAUUCAUAGACAAUAUAUAAUUUCAAAUGAGGCUCAAUUGUGCAGGAUUCAAUAUGAUUCCUUGGCCGGUUUUAAAGCGCAAUGUUUCAUUUUCCUGACGCCUGUAGCUUUGCUAUUUUUAGAAAGAAACAGCUAUUGGAGGUGGCUAAUUAAGCUCCAGCUAGUACUAACCACUUGAAAGAAAAAGACUGAAUACAAAACCAGGCACUCACGCCAUUUUGUUCUGCAAACUAGAAGGUCGAAUACUGGAAAAUGGUAAAUGAACUAAAGUUUCCGGUUUAAAUGCGGAGUUAUUACAUACCCUGCCAAGCAUGGUCGUGGUUCGAUACUAAUCGCCCGUCGUCCGUUCGUACUUUGUUUCUCCAGAUUUAAGAGGUUUUGGCUUGUUUAUUAUUUUUGGAGAUAAAGAACAAUACAUUUCGUGGGGACGUUAUCUAAUUUUUCGCAAUCACUAAUAAAUCGUAAUCGAAGGAAUUUCUUUCGUACUUAUCUCGUUAAACAUAUCAAAAGAAACUCUGGGACAAACAAGUCCGAUGAUAGCCUUUAACUUAGUAACUUCUUCAGACUUUGUAAUCUAAUUAAUACGAUUGAACCAUCGUUGUAGCCGCUUUGAUGUCCUAGAUAAGUGAGGUAGUGCAAUUCAUACCAAAAAAAAAAGCUGGAAAAAAAUCCGUUUCUUUUGAGAGGUUUUUGAUUGGUGUCUGAUAACAUCCCCUGAAAAAUUCGUUGGGGUAGCUAGAGCUACCCCUCGAGGGGUACUGCAAAAAGAUGAGAAUGAGGCUAUCAUGGAACUACUUACGAACCUCCCCCCUCCCCCUAGUCAUUAAUAUUAUUCUGCUAGAUAAUUAAGCAUGAAAUAUUAGUCGACGAAUCAGCGAAUAGCAUUUCGAGCAGGCGUAAUCAAUGCAUAUUGUCUUAUUUGCUUUUCAAAUGUAUUGUGUGUGUAUGUUGAUAAGAACUAAGACAUUCUGCUGCAAGUGAACAAUUUUUUUCUGAUAAGGAAAAAAAAAUGUGUUGAUCGUUCUCCACCCCCCCCCCCUCCAAUUACCUAUGCAUACGAUAAGGUAACAAGCUGUGGUCGGUGAUUAGAGAGGUGGGUGCCUGAAUAGGGUCUCCGCUAGCUAAUUAUCAAAUCACAACCUCGCAAUACCAGUGUCCUAUAAAUUGGGAUCCACUCAACCGGCUCAUUACCAGUUUAAUUUACUUCGUCUACUGGACGACAAAAUGUGGCAAUUUUAAAGACGCCGGGACUUCAAUAAGCCAUUCCGAAUAAUUAAAGUCUAUGUGAUUUUGAUGGGUUGAUUUGCAUAUAUGGUGGGUCGAAGAUUCUGUAGCUUAAUCCUUAUUUUAAGGGCUAGCGGAGCUACCAUUGUUUACUUUUUCUAUUGUUUUGUCCCACAAAUACAUGAAACUGGAACUAGA